AUGCACAUCAAGGUAAGAAAAGUUUGAAUAAAAAAGAAAUUUUCAAAGUUUUGUCUGGUUUUCCUACUGUCGAUCGUGGUGACGACAUCUGCCAGAGCUUUAGGUGAGAUGAUUUUGGUCGCAUGUAGAAUGGCUCAACGCAAAAGUCAGAGGUAUCGUUGAGCGUAAGCCGUUUCAUGGUCGGGUGGAAGCUUGUUAAUAAACUCUUCACAGCCGCCCCGCUUUGAGCCAUUCUCCGUGCGGGAAUUCGAAUCUAGUUCAAGGUGAACAGAAAAAAAAUUGAUCUUUUAGACGCGACGGAGCGCAAAUUCUCCUUCUGUAUCCAAUGCGCGGGAUUGAAUGACGAAUGCGACAUUUUUGGCCCCUUCUGCCAGUCUGGCCUCCAGUGCGAGCUGAUUGUGAGCCUUUCAAAAUUUGAACUUGUCUGAUAUUUUCCCGUUUUCAGGGAGAUCAGAAACGCAAAUGUCUACGCUCCCAUUGA